AAUCAACCAAAACAUUUCUCCUCAAAAGCCAUCAAGAAGCCACAUCUCAACAUUGUUGUCCAUGUCUUUAUAUACUCUUCAUACUUCUUCAUUGAAGUUUCCCUAUGAUUGAUCUUAUUAACUAUCUGUUCACUAACUUUAGUCCUGCAAACUUACAGCCCUUGGUGCAUGGAACUUUCUCUUUGUUUUUUCCAAAGCCUGCUGGGAGCUACUUUUUUUUAGUUAAUUCUUCGGAGAUCGGAAAAUCAUUAUAUGUAGCUUCACUGUCAUCACUUCGAAGCUCCAUCGUUCCUUCUCAAUUCAUCACAUAAAAAGAAAAUCACAAAAAUAGAAUCACAAACCCAACUCACAAAAAAUGGCAGUUCCAGUUACCUCAUGGUCGUGGGGCAAUAUUGCGGAAGAAGUUGCCUCCCAAUCCUCUGGCCAAAAUCAGAACGACGUAUACACAGAAAACAAGCAAGCGCAUCAAGAAGCUCCUGUGCAAGAACCAGAGCCGGCGCCAGAACCGGAACCAAAACGUCGGAGAUAUUAUCCACCUCGACAAUGUCGAAUAUGUCUCGAAACCGUCGAGCCAACCUUCGAAACUCCUACCGCUGGCAUAGCUUCAAUUCUCAAUCCGACACCUCGAGUAACGUACACGUCCGAAGAUCCUGAGUUAGGUCGUUUAAUGCGACCGUGCAAGUGCAAAGGGAGUCAAAGACAUGUCCACGAAGGCUGUUUGACAGCCUGGAGACACGCAGAUCCACUUUACGGAGCACGAAAUUAUUAUGAAUGCCCUACAUGUAAAUUCCAAUACCAUUUUCAGAGAAUGAAGUGGGGUCAUUUGAUUAGUAGUACAUUCGCGCAAUUAUGUCUGACUUUGGCGAUAUUAUUUGUGACGAUUUUCGUGAUGGGCUUCGUCGCAGAUCCAAUCAUCAAUUUCUAUCUGGAUCCGUAUAGCACAAUCUUUUCUCUCCCUUCGAUGGGAGGGAGUGGUCCCGCUCUACAUAUUGUGGAGACCGAGACGACGACUUGGACUGAGCAUCUAUUAAAGGGAUUGGCGUCUUUGGGAAUGCUAGGAUUUGUUAAGAUUUUCUUCGCAAUGUCUUCAUUCAGCUGGUGGAAUAUAAGGCAAACUGGCGUGUUUGGAGGCGGCCGCAUUCGAGCUGGAACAGGUCGAAAUCGUCUGGAGAAUAUCAGUUGGACGCUUGUCAUUAUUGGUGUUGGCGCUUUCUUAGUUGUAAGUUACGCCCGAGCUAUAAAUCAUAAAUUCGCUAACACUCUUUAGACAGUUUGGAAAUGGACCAGAACUUGGAGUAGAGCCGUGCUCGAGCGAGCUGGCGAGACUGUGAUUGAUGUUGGAGGUGAUGAUGCUGAUGAAGAUGAAGAACAGGCAGAAGCAGAAGCUACCGCGCGGGCAAACCAAGAAACUGCAAGAGAACACCCUCCAACAACUGUCGAUCCUGAGACCAGGAAAAAGCAGUGAGGGCAUAAGAGCGUUUUCCCGUAUAAUUUGUCAAAAUCUUACCUCAACAGUGUUUGUAUAUUGUUUUCCGUAAACUGUACUCGAUCAUUUCCAAACAUAUCUAUCAGGACUACAUGUCUCGGGAGUACCAACCUCUCCUCAUUUUCCACCUUUCCCGCACAUUCUUAAGUUGUCACGAGAUCCUUCACAGUAUCGUGCCAAUUAGUCUUCGUGCGCAGAAUAAGCCAACUCAGCUGGAGCCCAGAAAUCCCGAACGUCUUGUUCUUCUUUUCACAUACCGGCGACCGCGAGUUUCUUGAUCAACACUCCCGUUUCUCAUAUUCGAUCGGACUCCUUUGGAGAAUGGUCGCAUUGAGAUGUUUAUUUUCUGAUUCCUUCGCUGCGGCACUGGUUGUGGCUUUAUGCUAGGAUGGGGAAUUGGAGGGACCGUUGACACAUUCUUUUCGGGUGCUUAAAUGCUUAGGUGCUUAAUGCUUUGCAUAGUUGGAUAGUUGGGAUGGAGGCAUUUGGAAAUGGAAAUGGGAAAUAGGAAAUCGAAAUGGAGG